AUGGAAGAUCAAGGAGGAGGAGGAUCCAUCAGAAUCGACAAACUGACGGACUCCAACUUCUACGUGUGGAAGCAGAAAAUACAACUUCUGCUUGCUCUACGUGAUGUUGACCAAUACAUCGUUGAGGGAAGAGUUCCAAGUGAGGAACGCGCGGAAGAGCGUAAGAAGUGGAUAAGAGGUGACAGUAAAGCUAAAGCACUGAUUGGUCUCUCCCUAUCAGAUGAGCAUCUUGAGCAUGUACGUGAUGUUGAUUCCGCUCAUGAGAUGUGGGAAGCUAUUGUCAACGUGUUUGAGAGGCACACUUUGCUGAACAAACUAGCUGCACGUCGUGAGUUCUACACUGUGAAGAUGCUUUCCGGUGAAAAGGUGCUUGCAUACAUCAAUCGUGUUAAGCAGCUGGCAGCCAUCCUCAAGUCAAUGAGCGUAAACAUCGAUGACAAGGAGAUGGCCAUGGCAGUGCUCAACGGUCUGCCUGCCCGUUUCGAGGCUCUCAUCGUUGCACUUGAUGCUCUCGGUAAUGAGGAAAAGAUAUUCAGUUUGGACUUUGUGAAAAGUCGUCUGCUGCAGGAAGAGCAACGAGCAAACAUGAAGUCUAGCUCCUCACAGACAUCGGCUCUGGUUAAUCGUGCCCCGAACAAUCGGGACAUAAACGAUUACAAAUGCACGAACUGCGGUCAUACAGGCCAUACGGCAACCCGCUGCUGGGGAAAGGAUUUGAAUGGGCGUCGCCCGGCUCCUCCUAGCGGAUAUAAACCGCGUAUGUCUCAGCGGAAACAAUCUGCAUUUGUCACACAGAAACCUGAUCCCGACGUGGUUGUAAACAGCGUCGACUUCACAUGUCUGAUGUCGAAAGCUUCGCGCACGAACGAUCUGGAGAUGUCGCCUUCGUGGCUCGUAGAUUCAGCUUGUACAGCUCAUAUUACAUAUGACCGAUCUUUGUUUGCGACGUAUGAGCCACUUGAAUCCGCCUCUGUUCAGAUGGGAACCAAGGCUAGUGCAAAGGUUGCCGGCCGUGGUGACGUUCACUUGAAGUUAAAUGUGAAUGGCCGCAUCGAACCGUGCAAGUUGACGGAUGUAUUGCACGUUCCGGACUUUGCGUUCUCUCUACUCUCUGUCAGUCGAAUGACUGAACUUGGACUAAAAGUUGGGUUCGAAAAUGGAAAAUGCAUGAUCAGACGAGGCUCAACUGUAGUGGCGACUGCGACAUUGGUUGGAGAACUUUACGUUCUCGACAUCGUCAGUGACGUCGGAUCUGCACAUGCUGCCACCCUGCAAACGUGGCAUGAGCGAUUUGCACAUGCUAACAAAAUCAACAAUACUAACAAUGAUUGCAUCUCUGAAAAAUGUUCUGCGUGCGUCUACGGCAAAGCCACUCGAUCUGUGAUCCCAAAAGAGCGGUCCUCGAGGCGGGCAUACUUCUGUCUAGACUUAGUUCACUCUGACGUUUGUGGCCCCUUAGAGGUGCAGUCCAUUGGUGGUGCCAAGUACUUCAUUACCUUCAUAGAUGAUCACUCAAACUGGUCAGUAGUGUACCCCAUGCAUCAUAAAUCAGAAGCAUUUGAACGAUACAAAACGUUUGCACAACUUGCUCAGACUCACACUGGUCGCAAGAUCAAAGUGCUUCGCACCGAUCGAGGUGGUGAGUAUCUGUCCACGGAGUUUAAGUCUUUUCUGAUUGCAAAUGGUACUCAGCAUCAAAUGACGACCGCGUACACACCGGAGCAAAAUGGCGUCGCCGAACGACUGAACAGAACUUUGGUAAACUUGGUGCGCUCCAUGCUAGCGCACAAGAAAGUUACAAAGGGGUUCUGGGCAGAAGCACUUGCAAAUGCAGUGUACGUUCGAAAUCGAGUCACGUCACGUGCCAUUCCCCCCAAGAUGACCCCAUACCACUUAUGGAUGAAAUCUGUGCCAAAUGUUGGUCAUUUGCGUGUUUUCGGUUCAAAGUGUUGGUAUACAUUACCAAAACACAACAUCCAGAAACUUGACGCCCGUGCAAAGGAGGCAAUGUUUCUGGGGUAUGCUGAAAAUACGAAAGCUUACAAGUUGUGGGAUGGUGAUUUGCACAAAGUGAUCGUAUCCAGAGAUGUUACUUUUGACGAGUCCACGGGAGGCAAAUCUGUGCAAAAUCGAGCGACACGUGUACUUCACUCGACGGUCCGGACCCUCACCCCAUAUUACCACAUGACACGUGUAAAGUCUCAGAUUUUGGGGUUCUGGGGACGAAAGUGGACUUUUGGAGGGUCAUGCAAAUUUGCAUAA